GGAACGCGCUGUGGGCCUGGAAGGGAGCCGGGCACCCGGGGGCUCAGUAGCUGCAGCUCCCUUUCCUGAGGGUGUGAAGGUAUGGACCAUGAGCGGAAGGCAGGAGCCGGGCUGCUGAAGCUGCUGCGGCUUCUGUGGCUGCUGCCCCACGCCUGGGGCCAGGUGCCCGAAGCUCCCAGCCCUGUGCGGUGGGAUGGCCCGCAAAACCACACCUUCCGGCACACCGUGUUUUGCCAGGACGGGGAGCCCAGCGUAGGGCUCUCUGAGUCCUUUGAAGAGGACCAGCUCUUCACCUUCGACUUCUCCCGGAACACCAGAGUGCCCCGACUGCCUGACUUUGCUGAGUGGGCUCAGGAUCAGGGAGACGAAUCUGCCAUUUCAUUUGACAAAAACUUCUGCCAGUUUUUGACCCAGGAAGUGGGCCCACAGCUUGAAGGGCAAAUCCCAGUGUCCAGAGGCCUACCCAUGGCUGAGGUGUUCACACUGGAGCCUCUGGAGUUUGGCAAGCCCAACACGCUGGUGUGUUUCAUCAGCAACCUCUUCCCACCCACCUUGACCGUGACCUGGCAGCAUCGUGCUGUCGCUGUGGAGGGAGCCAGCCCCACGUCCAUCUCCGCCAUCGAUGGGCUCACCUUCCAGGCCUUCUCUUAUUUAAACUUCACGCCGGAACCCUUUGACCUUUACUCCUGCAUUGUGACACACGAGAUUGACCGCUACACAGCGAUUGCCUACUGGGUCCCCCAGAAUGCCCUGCCUUCCGAUCUCCUAGAGAACGUACUGUGUGGUGUGGCCUUCGGCCUGGGUGUGCUGGGCAUCAUCCUGGGCCUGGCCUUCUUCAUCCACUCGCAGAGACCUUGCUCAGGUGACUGAUUCUUCCUGGCCAGGGUGUGGAACAGCGCAGCCAGCAGGGAUGUCCAGGCAUCGCGUGCCG